AAUGUAUUUUUUUGAGAGAUUUGUUAAGUUUGGUGUGGAGUAUUCACCAAAUUGUCAACAAGAUUCUCAUUUAAUAACACAGAACUCAAAUUCUGCUAAAUUAUGUGGAAAUGAAUUGUCUAUUAUCAAUUCAAAUGGUCCCUCCUUUAAAUUUGAAGGAUUUUUUAAUCACCAUUACUACUCUGUGGAGGAUGUCUAUACAGAACCAAUAGUUAAUGAUAUAAGAAUUGUACUCAAAACUGAUGGAUCAUCUCAAAAGAAAGGAUUUUCUAUAGAAAUAAAAACAUCUCUUACCAAAGCAAUAUCUGGCCAUUUAGCUUACUGUACAUUUCUAUAA